AUGGCAUCUAUUUCGCAACCUUUCAGGCUAUCAGCUUUACCUAAGAUUCCAUCUUUGGGCAACUAUGCUAGUAACAAGGAAUAUUUACAGACAAUUGAUGGUUUAAAUCCUUCUGCAAAUAAGGUAAAUAUUGGUAUCUCUGGAUCAAGCGUAUCACAAUACCUUAUUAACCCAACACCAAAACUAGUGUUUAACUUGUCUAUUCCUUCGACUAACAUUAUCACUGCGUGUGAUGUAAAAGAAAUAGCAGAUGAUCAAGAGGUGUGGUGUUAUGCACUUGCUACCAAAACUUCGCAUCUACAUCUUGCUAUCAAGCCUGUUAUUCAGGACGCUAUGUCGUCUUCAAAUGCUGAUAUCACGGCACAAUUCAAGUUCAAGCUACAAGACAAGGCAGUCAGUAUCAAGGUAUAUCCAGAAGCUGAGAAGGUAUUAGUGGUUUUAAAGAAUGGGUUGAUUCAAACAUUCGAUUUCCAGUUGAAACUAGUGAAUACCAUUGACAUAGCCUAUGAUAACCUGGAAUUCGUUCAAUUUUUUGAGGACGGCAAAGGAAGCGAGUUUUUGUUUGUGUUGUGUCAAUUGAAGAGCAACAAGAUAUGCUAUAAGCUAUUCCAAGUCAAUGAUUCAAAAGUAUGUGUGGAACUAAACUCUAUAAUUUUGGAAAAUAACAGUCUAGAAGAUGCGAAAUUGUGCUACCAAUUUGGUAAAUUAUAUAUGUUGAAAGACUCCAACGAGCUUUCCAUUUACCAACUUCCUCACCUACAACUUCAAUCAAGUAUCCAACUUCCAUUUAUUGAGAAGGGUGCAAUCGUAUCAAUCAAACCAGUCUCUUCGAACCGUGUGUUGAUUACAUCUGAUAAUAUCAUAUAUCUAGUGGACCUCUUAUACAAUGCGAUCUUAUUCAAGAAGGAGCUAAGAAACAUAAAGUGUAUUCAGCUUUUAUCAACUGCAGUUAUCGCUGAAAACUCUGAUUCCAACAGAAAGACAAUUGCACUAGGUGUCUCUACCAAAAAUGGCGCUAAUCCAAGCAGUUAUCUUGAUGUUAUUAACAUUGAUGUGGGAACCGGUACAUUGAAGGAUUGCAUGGGAAAGGGUUUCAUGGUCAAGCAAAAACAAAGGCUACAAAAACUCUUUAACGAGUCUAAUGAUGAAGAUGAUGCUGAAUUACCUUCUCCAGACUAUGAGGAUAUUAUUAAAUCUUUGAAAGCCUGUAAAAAAGCGGACAAUUUCGAUGCUAUUUUCUUUAAAAAGUUAUCUUUGAAUAAAGAAUACUACACAGAUAAUGACAGAUUUUUGAACGACUCUGAACUACUCACUAAAAUUAUUGAUUGCUUGUUUAGCAAAUUCCAAGACGAGUACCCCAAGGCUCUUACAUACCUUCUAACACAUCCAUUAUUCCCUCCGGCCCAUGCCAAAGGGCUAUUGGUAAGAUUAAAAAAUAACCCAAGACUUUUCAAACAGGCAAUUGUGACAUGUCCAAAUCUUCCAUUAGAUGAUUUGUUGACAGAAUUAUUCAACAUAACGAAUGCAGAAUUAUGUCUUGAUAUCACUAGAAGAGUCUUGCAAGACUAUAAGAAGGAAUCUAUUAAACUAGGUAUCAAAAAGCUCGAGAAAAUCGAUAUUACAAAUAUUUUGGAUAUGAUUUUGAAUUCGGAAAAACAAGAAACAGAUUUACAACUCAACAAACCACAAAUAUUCCAACUAAUGAGUUUGAUUAUAGAUUCUAUUGGUUUGUUCUCAUUAGACGACGAAUAUUUAGAAAGGCUAUCCAGUUUCGUCAAUAGGCAAGUAUCGAAGGUGGAGCAAAAUGUUGAACUUCUUCAUUUAUUAGAUAAUGACACCAGGCAUGCCGCUUACAUGAAUAAUAAAAAUAGUUCAUCCUCACAUUCAGCCAAUACACAACCUAUAUCUGCCUACACAGUAGAAUAUUUAGACUGCUAA